GUGCUGGCAAGUCUCUAGUUGGAGUGACAGCUGCGUGUACUGUCCGCAAGCGGUGUCUGGUCCUUGGUAAUUCUGCGGUGUCUGUUGAGCAGUGGAAAGCCCAAUUCAAGAUGUGGUCCACCAUCGAUGACAGUCAGAUAUGUCGGUUCACUUCUGAUGCCAAAGACAAGCCCAUUGGCUGUUCUAUUGCUAUCAGCACAUAUUCCAUGUUGGGACACACGACGAAAAGAUCCUGGGAAGCAGAAAGAGUAAUGGAGUGGCUUAAAAGUCAAGAGUGGGGCCUUAUGAUACUUGAUGAAGUACAUACUAUCCCUGCAAAAAUGUUCAGACGUGUGCUCACUAUUGUACAAGCUCAUUGUAAACUGGGGCUGACUGCUACCCUGGUCAGAGAAGAUGAUAAAAUUGUUGACCUGAACUUCCUGAUCGGACCAAAGCUCUAUGAAGCCAACUGGAUGGAACUGCAGAACAGUGGCUACAUUGCUAAAGUCCAGUGUGCUGAGGUUUGGUGCCCAAUGUCACCUGAAUUUUAUAGAGAAUAUGUAGCCAUCAAAACAAAGAAACGGAUACUGCUGUACACCAUGAACCCAAAUAAGUUCAGAGCCUGCCAGUUCCUGAUUAAGUUUCAUGAGCGACGGAAUGAUAAAAUCAUUGUAUUUGCUGACAAUGUGUUUGCACUGAAGGAGUAUGCAAUCAGGCUUGGGAAACCCUAUAUAUAUGGUCCUACUGCACAAGGAGAAAGAAUGCAAAUUCUACAAAACUUCAAGCACAAUCCAAAAAUCAACACUAUUUUCAUUUCCAAGGUAGGUGACACAUCCUUCGAUCUGCCAGAAGCCAAUGUUCUGAUUCAGAUUUCGUCCCAUGGUGGGUCUCGAAGACAGGAGGCUCAAAGACUGGGACGAGUGCUGAGAGCCAAAAAAGGCAUGGUUGCAGAGGAAUACAAUGCCUUUUUUUAUUCUCUUGUGUCCCAAGACACUCAGGAAAUGGCAUAUUCAACAAAGAGACAACGGUUUCUUGUAGAUCAAGGUUAUAGCUUCAAGGUAAUAACAAAGCUUGCAGGCAUGGAAGAAGAAGAACUUUCAUUUUCAUCCAAAGAAGAGCAGCAGCAGCUUCUCCAGAAAGUCCUGCAAGCAUCUGACCUGGAUGCUGAGGAGGAAGUAGUUGCUGGAGAAUAUGGUUCAAAGUCAGCUCAGGUGUCACGUCGUACGGGCACAAUGAGCUCUAUGUCAGGAGCAGAUGAUACAGUUUACAUGGAAUACCACUCUUCACGGAGUAAGGCAUCUUCAAAUAAACACAUCCAUCCACUAUUUAAACGCUUCCGGAAAUGAUGUCCUUCACGUGUGCAUUUUGUUAAAACUGUGGAUCCAUGUACCUGUUUCCAUAACUAAAAAUAUGGAGUUGAAAUUUCUGACAGGUCCUUUAAAAGACUUUUUUUAUAUGCAUCUAUAUAGCCACAUAUUUACUUAGCAAUAUAUGUGCUCUCGUGGGUGAAUGUGAAAGGAAAGAACGAACUAAAUCGUACCACAGGAAAGAUACUAUCCAGUGACUGGAUCCUGGUUAUACCUGUCUGGUUUUCAGGGUAAUUAAUAGAAUUUAUUUUUAUCAGCUGAAGACCCUUUUUCAGAGGAAUUCUGGAAAGGUUUUGUAAAUGAAGUUUGUACUGAUGUUUGAAAUAUUAUUUAUCUGAUUAUUGUGUCUGUGCAACAAAAUAUUGUUUUUUAAAAUGCUUAAAUAAAAGUCAUUCAUUGAGCUGAACAAAUCCUGAUAGGAGCACUUUACAUAAUAUUUUUAAACUGGGAGCUAAUUUAUACUUAUGACUUAGCCUGUCUUAAAAUUCUAACAAAUUGUUUGGAAGUAUUUUGAAGUUCAAAGACAAGGAGAAAGAGGGACUCCGUCUCUGAAGUAAACUCAAGGAAAGCAUUAGUAAAUACAAAUUAAUUUUGUGCUCCGUUUUCCUCAUUUUUGUUGCCACUGUUGAGAAGUUGCUGAAAUAAAAGCCGUUACCCUUGU